UGUGUGUGGUGCUCUGCUCUGCUCUGUCCGAGGAUGCCACUUUUUCACCGCUCGUGAGUGGACUUUCACCGUGGAAGCAUCCGCGGACACAUCGCGCACCUGCGGCUGGAUGGACGCACAUUCAUGGAGGGACGCGCGCAUCAGCCGCCUCCGCCGCCGCCGCCACUGCCUCACUCCGCCGAUGACUUCACCUCCUCUCGUGGUCCACGGGGGAGCGCGCUUGUAAGCUGAUUUGACCGGAGAGUGAAUACCUCUCCGGGAUUAGAGGGUUCUUGGGUAAACGACAAUGCCCCGCGGCUCGCUCCGCCACUCUUGGCUAUUGUUCGCGCGGAGGACGCACGGUGCCCGGUCUCCCCCGGUUCCACGUCAUCUCUGAGUCUCCACGCGCCGCUUCUGUGAGCCGCUGUCGCUCCUUCGCUCCCUCCGGUCGCCCUCCCGGUGUCACAGGAUAAUAUGACUUCCUGGCUGCGCACAUACGGCUGCGUCCCCCCGUGUCUGCUGCUCUGCUCCUUGGUGCUGUGUGUCUGCGCUGAAGCCUCCCGGCCGGGUGACAGUGCUUGUUGGUCUCCCAGCGUCUCCUCUUGUACAGAUUGUCUCAGACGUGGACCGCAGUGCGCCUGGUGCUUCAAGGAGGACUUUCUGGAGGGAGCAGCGUCUAACUCCCGCUGCGACCUGCCGGCGAACCUGCUGAAGAAAGGCUGUGGACAGGAGUUUAUGGAGCAGUCAGAGGUCAAAGUGGAGGUCAAUGCCACCAUCAGUAGCACUCAAGUGUCACCACAAGACAUCAGUAUCACCCUCACACCAGGUGCGGAGGCCAGCUUCAUAGUGGCAGUGAAGCAGCUGGAGCGCUAUCCUGUGGAUCUAUACUACUUAGUGGAUGUGUCAGCAUCUAUGCAGGAAAACCUCGAUCAUCUGAAGACGGUCGGUGUAGCUCUGUCUCUUCGUAUGACGGAGCAUUCCUCAGACCUUUGGCUGGGUUUCGGCUCAUUUGUGGACAAACCCGUCUCCCCUUACAUCAACGUCCAUCCCUCCAAAAUUAACAAUCCCUGCAGUGAUUAUGAGAUCCGCUGUCGUCCAGCUCACGGCUUCCACCACGUCCUGAGUAUGACAGGGAACAUGAGCGAGUUCACACGUGUGAUCAAACGUCAGCGCAUCUCCGGUAACAUGGACACACCAGAGGGAGGCCUGGACGCUAUGCUGCAGGCUGCAGUCUGUCAGAGAGCAGUGGGUUGGCGUCCAGAGGCGAAGCGUUUGCUGCUGCUGAUGACCGACCAGCCGUCUCACCUCGCUCUCGACAGCCGGCUGGCGGGGAUCGUCACGCCUCAUGAUGGUCUUUGUCACCUGGAAAACAAUGUCUACACCGGGAGCACCAAAAUGGACCACCCCAGUGUGGGCCAGCUGUCUGAUAAGCUGCUUGAAAACCAUAUUUAUUCCAUUUUUGCUGUAGAGAAGCAACAGUACCAGUGGUAUGAGGAGUUGGUGCGUUUGCUACCUGGUUCUCACCUGGGGAAGUUGGGACUCUUCCAGGCUCCUAAUCUCAUAGACCUGGUGGUGGAUGCAUAUAAGACGUUGCUGUCGGAGGUGGCAGUAGCGGUGUCAGUGGAGGACGAGGCAGUCAGCAGGUACUGGGUGUCGGUGUCUCCUAUUUGUCCGAAUGGGUCCACUGUGAAGGAGCAGAGCUGUUCUGGAGUGCAGCCUGACCAGACGGUUUACUUUAACAUCACCAUCGGCCUGCGCUCCUGUCCUGAUGGUGGUCAAGAUGAGGAUGUAACUGUGAUGGUUCACCCGGUGGGUUACAACGAAUCCACCGUGGUCAGGGUCCACUCUAAAUGUGGCUGCAGUUGUGGAUCAUCGAGACGCUGCCAUGACAACGGCCAAUCGACGUGCAGCAACGGCACAAAUCUGGAUCAGUCUCUGACCGACUGGGAUGGAGAAAACUCCAACUGGAACUGCAAAGCCGACGGGUCUGAUGUAGACUGCAGCGGUCGGGGAUUUUGUGACUGUGGGAGGUGUGUGUGUGAGCAGAGCAGGCUGGGGACAGUAUAUGGAAAAUACUGUGAAAAAGAUGACUUCUCAUGCCCGUACUAUGAUGGACUGCUGUGUGGUGGACGGGGAAUGUGUGUGUUAGGUGAGUGUGUGUGUGAAGAUGGAUGGACAGGCGAUAGUUGCAAGUGUCCUUCCUCAACGUCAACCUGCCAAGCACCUGGUGGUUUAGUGUGUAGCGGCCAAGGCAAGUGUGUUUGUGGCAAGUGUGUGUGUGACGACUCAAGAUACUCUGGAAGCUUCUGUGAGAGAUGCCCCGCUUGCCAAAGCACCUGUCAAUCAUACUGGAAGUGUGUGGACUGCCAUCUGUCUCACGGCCUCACACAGACAGAGGGAGGGAUCUGCAACAACACGUGUGCCCCUUUAGUGGGUUACACAGAUGAUGUGUCAGGUCAAACAGGGGAUAUGUGGAUUCAGUGUAUGUAUAUCAGUAACAACAACUGUCGCUAUCGGUUUCUAACGGGCUCAAACUCUGGACAGGCCCAGCUUCACAUUAGCACAAGAGCAGAAUGUGCCAGCACCGGGCGAGUGGUGGGAUAUUUCCUGAGUGUGUGUGCACUUACAGUACUGUGUGGUCUUGUGGUGGUGGCAGUAUCCAGGCUGCUGGUACAGAAGAGACACUGGUCACCAGGGGACCCUACUGAAGACACCGACUACCACUGCAAUGUCAAGGACCUUUCAUACAUCCCUACAACCAAUGAGAAGACAGUUACCUACAGGAGGGACAGACCACCUGAUCACCCUGUGGAAAUGCACAUCCAGCUUCCCAAGAUGCCCCUUGGUGACCCCUGGCGCUGCUAGGCAACCAUGAAGGUCAAAAAGAACCAUAUAGAGACAUGUUGAAGUAAAGCUGGACGAAUGGGUUUUCUUUACGUCUCAUCAACCAGCUCAAUAUGGAGAAGAACUGAACUACGAAACCUCUGAGGAGUCACUGAACUGAAGGUGGACCAGACUCAUAAACUGUGUGACUAAUAUGGUCAGUAUCCUAAAAACUGAGACAAACAGCACAAGUACCCCCACCUCUUCUUCUUCUGUAGCAGCAGGUCGUCUUCUACUACAGAGUAGCAGGUGAUCAUUCCUCGCUUUUUAGCCAUGCAGCAAUUACUGCUCUAAUUUAUGAUUGAGUGUGUGUGUGCAUGUGUGUGUGUUGAGGGUGUAUUCUGUGCUCUAUUAGGGCAUUCUAUUUAUAAUUUUAUAGUGACAACACUACAUGUUUUAGAUUUAUGUUCUGAUGAAACGCUCCAUUGCUUCCAUAUUAAAAUGUCUCAGUCUUAGUGUGCCCCCCUGUGGCCAGCCUGAGGUACGACAUUUUAUCCCCUAAUAAUACUGUCGACAUUACUGACCUCAAAUGUACUUCUUUGGGAUUUUAACCCAUAAAGACCCAGUGCUAUUUUGUGGCAGUUCCAAAAUAUUUUUUUUCUCUAUAUUGAACUUUUCUUAAUUGAUUUAUCACCGUUUAUUACAAUA